AGCCCUCGCCCACCUUUGCGCCAUGUCCACCAAGUCGUCGUCCUCCUCCUACCGCAGGAUGUUCGGCGGCAGCAGCAGCGGGGCGCGACCCAGCUCCAGCCGCAGCUACGUGGUGUCGUCCAGCCGCUACAGCCUGGGCAGCGCGCUGCGCCCCAGCAGCGGCCGCAGCCUGUACUCGGCGUCCCCGGCCGGCGCCUUCGCCGUCCGCUCGUCGGCCGGCCGCCUGCGGAGCGGGCUGCCCCCGUUGCGCCUGGCCCACGACGCCGUGGACUUCUCCCUGGCCGACGCCGUCAACUCCGAGUUCAAGACGACCCGCACCAACGAGAAGGUGGAGCUGCAGGAGCUCAAUGACCGCUUCGCCAACUACAUCGACAAGGUGCGCUUCCUGGAGCAGCAGAACAAGAUCCUGCUGGCCGAGCUGGAGCAGCUGCGGGGUAAGGGCACUUCGCGCCUAGGCGACCUCUACGAGGAGGAGCUGCGGGAGCUGCGGCGCCAGGUGGACCAGCUGACCAACGAUAAGGCCCGCGUGGAAGUGGAGAGAGACAACCUGGCCGACGACGUCCAGCGCCUAAGGGAGAAGUUGCAGGAUGAGAUGCUGCAGCGCGAGGAGGCGGAGACCACCCUGCAGUCUUUCCGACAGGAUGUUGACAAUGCUUCAUUGGCACGCCUUGAUCUCGAGCGGAAAGUCGAAUCCUUACAAGAAGAGAUAGUCUUCUUGAAGAAACUUCACGAUGAGGAAAUCCAGGAGCUGCAGGCCCAGAUUCAGGAACAGCACAUCCAAAUCGACGUGGAUGUGGCUAAGCCUGAUCUCACUGCUGCCCUGCGUGAUGUCCGCCAGCAGUAUGAAAAUGUGGCUGCAAAGAACCUCCAUGAAGCCGAAGAAUGGUACAAAUCCAAGUUUGCUGACCUCUCUGAAGCUGCUAAUAGGAACAAUGAUGCCCUGCGCCAGGCCAAGCAGGAAUCAAAUGAGUAUCGCCGGCAGGUCCAGUCUCUCACUUGUGAAGUGGAUGCACUUAAAGGGACCAAUGAAUCUCUGGAGCGCCAGAUGCGUGAGAUGGAGGAAAACUUUUCGGUUGAAGCUGCUAACUACCAAGACACUAUUGGCCGCCUUCAGGAUGAAAUCCAGAACAUGAAGGAAGAGAUGGCUCGCCACCUGCGUGAAUACCAGGACCUGCUGAAUGUCAAGAUGGCACUGGAUAUUGAGAUCGCGACCUACCGCAAACUGCUGGAGGGGGAGGAGAGCAGGAUUACCCUGCCGGUUCCAAGCUUUUCUUCCUUGAACCUGAGAGAAACCAACAUUGACUCCCACCCUCUGGUGGACACCCAUUCCAAGAGAACACUCCUUAUCAAGACUGUUGAAACUAGGGAUGGACAGGUCAUCAACGAAACAUCCCAACACCAUGAUGAUUUAGAGUGAAAACUUGCACCGAUGCCCAGUGCAGCAACACCUUACCAGCAAGCAAAAGAAUUUGACCAAGUCCUAAAACAGCUUUCAAGUGCCUUCUGCAGUUUUUCAAGAGCGCAAGACCAUCCUGGAUAGGUAGAAAGAAUAGGUUUGAAGUCUUAUGAACACAUAACUCUAGGGAAGUUUACAGCAAAGGCUAGUUUACAGCGGAAUCUUGUGCUGCAGUACUUUUGUAAAGUGUUUUUCAGAAUCAUGAAACUGCCUCUUUCCAGCCAAUGUCUGACCAAACUGUUACUGCUUCAAUAAACUCUUUGAAAAAAUA